GGGCUUUCGCUGCAGAUUGGAAGAGGGAGGCAGCUUGUUGAAGUCUUCGGUGAGACCGAGGGAGAGCGGUAAGGGGAGCCGAGGCUACGGUCGGAGAGCGGAAUCUUUGCAUGCUGAAAUCUCCGGAGCUGUGACAGGAGCCUGUCAACAUGAAAGAAUAGGCACGCUGCUGUCUGAAGGAAAUGGCUUUUAAUUCACCGAGAUUGCACUUCCUGGAAUCGGACUUAGCCGUACCCCUCCACAGGAUUUGAGCGGUUUAUGGGAGAUACCUGGCUUUUAUCACUGAGGAUUUUUCUCUCCGGUUGGGUUGCCCUCCCCCCCCACCCCUGUAGCUGAAGCGGUGCGCGGCACAGAGGAGACAUGGCCAAGAACUCGUACAGUGGAGUCAAGAACUCCAUGGCGGAGGCCAAUCACGAUGGAGACUUCGGCUGCUCCCUCAAAGAGCUGCGAUCUCUCAUGGAACUGCGGGGAGGCGAAGGAUUACACAAAAUACAGGAGACUUACGGAGGUGUUCAAGGACUUUGUUCCAGAUUGAAAUCGUCACCUAUAGACGGUUUAAGUGGACAGCCUGCAGACAUCAGUAAAAGAAAAGAAACAUUUGGAAUGAACUUUAUACCUCCAAAAAAGCCAAAAACAUUUCUCCAAUUAGUGUGGGAAGCAUUGCAGGAUGUAACACUAAUUAUUCUAGAAGUGGCAGCCAUAGUCUCCUUAGGCCUUUCUUUUUAUAGACCUCCAGAUGCUGAAAGAGAGCAUUGCGGAAGGGCGGCCGGGGGCGUGGAGGACGAGGGGGAGGCGGAGGCGGGCUGGAUCGAGGGCGCCGCCAUCCUCCUGUCAGUCAUCUGCGUGGUGCUGGUGACGGCCUUCAACGACUGGAGCAAGGAGAAGCAGUUCCGCGGGCUGCAGAGCCGCAUCGAACAAGAGCAGAAGUUUACCGUGGUCCGAGGCGGGCAGGUCAUCCAGAUCCCCGUGGCUGAGAUAGUCGUCGGGGAUAUCGCACAAGUAAAAUAUGGUGACCUCCUGCCCGCUGACGGUGUGCUGAUUCAAGGGAACGAUCUCAAAAUCGAUGAGAGCUCUCUCACGGGGGAGUCUGACCAUGUCAAGAAGACGCUGGAUAAGGACCCCAUGCUGUUGUCAGGUACCCACGUGAUGGAGGGCUCUGGGAAGAUGGUGGUCACUGCUGUGGGCGUGAACUCUCAAACUGGAAUAAUCUUCACCCUGCUUGGGGCUGGAGAGGAGGAGGACGAUGACGAGGAAAAGGAGGAGAAGAAGAAGGAGAAGGAGAAGAAGAAGGAGAAGAAAAAAAAAAAGGAGGACGGAUCUGCUGAAAGCCGUAAGAAAGCUAAGGCCCAGGAUGGAGCCGCCGUAGAGAUGCAGCCUCUGAACAGCGAGGAGGGCGGCGAGCGAGAAAAGAGGAAAGCCAACUUGCCAAAGAAGGAGAAAUCUGUUCUUCAAGGGAAGCUGACCAAACUAGCAGUGCAGAUCGGCAAAGCAGGUCUGGUGAUGUCAGCCAUCACGGUCAUCAUCCUGGUGGUCCUCUUCGUGGUCGACACCUUCUGGUUCCAGGGCCUCCCGUGGGUCAAGGACUGCACCCCCAUCUACAUCCAGUUCUUUGUCAAGUUCUUCAUCAUCGGCGUCACCGUGCUCGUGGUGGCCGUGCCUGAGGGGCUCCCGCUCGCUGUCACCAUCUCACUGGCAUACUCUGUCAAAAAAAUGAUGAAAGACAACAAUUUAGUAAGGCAUCUGGACGCCUGUGAGACCAUGGGCAACGCCACGGCCAUCUGCUCCGAUAAAACUGGAACCCUGACCAUGAACAGGAUGACGGUGGUGCAGGCGUACGUGGCGGAGAAGCACUACAGGAAGGUGCCUGAGCCAGAGCUCAUCCCCGGCAGCAUCAUGGACCUGCUGAUCGUGGGGAUCGGCGUCAACUGCGCCUACACUACCAAGAUCAUGUCUCCCGAGAAGGAGGGCGGGCUGCCGAGACAGGUGGGGAACAAGACUGAAUGUGCCUUGCUGGGGUUUGCCUUGGAUCUGAAGAGAGACUACCAAGCCAUCCGCAACGAGAUCCCCGAGGAGAAGCUGUACAAGGUCUACACCUUCAACUCGGUCAGGAAGUCCAUGAGCACGGUGCUGAAGAACGCUGACGGCAGCUACCGCAUGUUCAGCAAAGGGGCCUCGGAGAUCCUCCUCAAGAAGUGUUGUAAAAUCCUGACGGCGAACGGCGAGGAAAAAGUGUUCAGGCCGCGGGACCGGGACGACAUGGUGAAGAAGGUGAUCGAGCCCAUGGCGUCGGAGGGGCUGCGGACCAUCUGCCUGGCCUACAGGGACUUCCCCGCCUCCGAGGGCGAGCCCGACUGGGACAACGAGAACGACAUCCUGACCAGCCUCAUCUGCAUCUGCGUGGUGGGCAUCGAGGACCCCGUGCGACCAGAGGUCCCAGAUGCCAUCCGGAAGUGCCAGCGGGCCGGGAUCACCGUGCGCAUGGUCACCGGGGACAACAUCAACACGGCGCGCGCCAUCGCCACCAAGUGCGGCAUCCUGCAGCCCGGCGACGACUUCCUCUGCAUGGAGGGCAAGGAGUUCAACCGCAGGAUCCGCAACGAGAAGGGAGAGAUCGAACAGGAGCGCAUUGAUAAGAUAUGGCCAAAGCUCCGGGUGCUGGCGCGGUCCUCCCCCACAGACAAACACACGCUAGUGAAAGGUAUAAUCGACAGCACUGUAGUGGAACAGAGGCAGGUCGUUGCGGUCACCGGGGACGGCACCAACGACGGCCCGGCCUUGAAGAAAGCAGACGUUGGCUUUGCCAUGGGCAUCGCCGGCACAGAUGUGGCGAAAGAGGCCUCGGACAUCAUCCUGACGGACGACAACUUCAGCAGCAUCGUCAAGGCGGUGAUGUGGGGGCGGAACGUGUACGACAGCAUCUCCAAGUUCCUGCAGUUCCAGCUGACGGUGAACGUGGUGGCCGUGAUCGUGGCCUUCACCGGCGCAUGCAUCACGCAGGACUCCCCUCUCAAAGCGGUGCAGAUGCUCUGGGUGAACCUGAUCAUGGACACCUUCGCCUCGCUGGCCCUGGCCACAGAGCCUCCCACCGAGUCCCUGCUGCUGAGGAAGCCCUACGGCCGCAACAAGCCCCUCAUCUCCCGCACCAUGAUGAAGAACAUCCUGGGCCACGCCGUCUACCAGCUCACCAUCAUCUUCACCCUGCUGUUCGCCGGUGAGAAGAUCUUCGACAUCGACAGCGGCAGGAACACGCCCCUGCACUCGCCCCCGUCCGAGCACUACACCAUCGUCUUCAACACCUUCGUCAUGAUGCAGCUCUUCAACGAGAUCAACGCCCGCAAGAUCCACGGCGAGCGCAACGUCUUCGACGGCAUCUUCAACAACCUCAUCUUCUGCUCCAUCGUGUUCGGCACGUUCGUCAUCCAGAUCGUCAUCGUGCAGUUCGGGGGGAAGCCGUUCAGCUGCGUGGGACUCACCAUCGACCAGUGGCUGUGGUGCGUCUUCCUCGGCAUGGGCUGCCUCCUGUGGGGACAGGUCAUCUCCUCCAUCCCCACGAGCCGGCUGAAGUUCCUGAAGACGGCGGGCCACGGCACCCAGAAGGAGGAGAUCCCGGACGAGGAGCUGGAGGACAUGGACGACCUGGAUGAGAUCGACCACGCGGAGCGCGAGCUGCGCCGCGGUCAGAUCUUGUGGUUCAGGGGGCUCAACCGGAUCCAGACUCAGAUGGAUGUAGUGAGUGCUUUCCAGAGCGGAGCUUCCUUUCAGGGGGCCCUCAGACGGCAAGCCUCCAGCACCAGCCAACAGCACGAUAUCCGGGUGGUGAACGCAUUCCGCAGUUCCCUGUCCCCCUAUGAGGGGCUGGAGAAGCCAGAGUCUCGCAGCUCCAUCCACAACUUCAUGACCCACCCGGAGUUCCGGAUAGAGGACUCGGAGCCCCACAUCCCCCUCAUCGACGACACGGACGCCGAGGACGACGCCCCCACCAAGCGCAACUCCUCGUCCCCCCGCGUCUCCACGCCCCCGCCCUCGCCCAACAAGAACAAUAACGCCGUGGACAGCAGCGGCCUCCACCUCCUCCUGGAGAGCGGCAAGGUGGGCAGCCCCCUGGCGCCGGGCAGCCCCCUCCACAGCCUGGAGACCUCCCUCUGAUCCCGCCCGUGCCGGGCCGCCUCUCUUUCCCACGUAGCAGAGCAGGCUUCGGG